AUGGAGGGCUACCUCUCCAAAAAGUCGCGCCUCGGCGCCGCGGGUCGCGUCUGGCAGCGCCGCUGGUUCGUCCUCGACGGCACCGGGCUGCGCUGGUUCGAGGACGAGAGCAAGCGCGGCGACGCCAAGGGUGCCAUCGGGCUCGCGCACCUCGAGUCUGCUGGCGCCGCCGCGCACAAGUCGCCCACGCGCUUUCUCGUGCGCUGCCGCGCCUCCGCCGAGCGCGGGAGCGCGGCGAGCGUCUACGACUUUGAGGCGCCGUCGUCCGCGGCGAUGGGGCGCUGGGUCGAGGCCGUCGGCCGGCUCGUGUGCGCGCGAGGCGCUCGCGAGGGCGGAGGCGGGAGCGGGGACGCGGCGCUGUGCGGCGAGCCGGUGGAGGAAAGGCUCGCAGCCGUGCCCGGCAACGGCGAGUGCGCCGACUGCAUGUCGAGCGACCCGAAGCGGCAGCCGCUGCCUGCGUGGGCGUCGACCAACCUGGGGGUCGUAUUUUGCAUCCGCUGCUCAGGUGCGCACCGCAAGCUCGGCACGCACCUGAGCAAGGUGCUCUCCAUCAAGAUUGACCGCUGGAGCGACGAGCAGCUCGCGUGGAUGGAGCGGCUGGGCAACGCGCAAGUCAAUGCGGAGCUCGAGGCGGGGCUGCCCGCGGGCGUCAAGCCGGACCUGGUCAGCAGCAGCGCGGAGCAGGUCGAGGCCUUCAUUCGCGCAAAGUACGAGCUGGGCUCGUUCCUCGCCGGCGGCGACGGCUUCGUCCCUCCCGCGCCGCGCCGCUCGCUGCAGGAGGUCGGCAUGAUUGAGUUUGCCGGGCUGCUCUUCGUGCAGCUGGUGGCGGGGAGCCACCUGCGCGUGCCCAACGCGUGGCGGACGGCGUCGCUCCACUGCGAGUUCCGCCUCGGCGAGCGGCGCGCCAGGUCGAGGAGGUGCCGUGGCUCGCCCAACCCGGUGUGGGGGGAGGAGCUCGCCAUCAACCGGUGCGCCGCCGACGAGGCGCUGCUGGUGCGGCUGAUCGGCGCGGACCUCCUUGGCCGCACCGAGUGCCUCGGCGAGGGGAGGGUGCGCAUCGACGACUUGCCGCGGGAGCAGCCGACCGGCGUCGACCUGCCGCUCCUGCCGAGCAGCGAGAGCGCCAGGACGAAGGCGCCCUCGCUCGGCCUCGUUCUCACGUACAACCCGCUGUCGUGA